AUGGAUGAAAAUGGAUGGAGAGGAACAGGCUUCUGGGCUCAGCCGGAUGUUCUGGGGGAGAAGCACGUGGGGAUAUUUUCAAGCCUUACCCGGACAGAGAGAGGAUGUGCGAAGGGAACCGAGUUUAUGAGUGUACCAGAAGCUAUUCAACUGGAGAAAGGUUAUAUCCCGCUCAAAACCAACAGAAUCAAACUGGACCCCAUUCUUGUUGUUCCCAAGCUUCGAGAGAUCUGUACAAUAGGUCGCCCAUUUAACGCCGCCACGGAGGUGAAGUGUCAACCACAGGCACGUCACUACACCCCACCAGCCUCACAUGAGCCGACAACGAAAGAGACGGCCAGAACUUUCCCAAGUCUUAUAUUUGGCGGCCACAGUGUCACGUGGAGCGAUGACGUCAUCGACGAAACUGUUGUCAAGGCGGAACUAGGAUUAGACUGUUUUGCAGGAGACAGACAAGACGCUCACCUGGCAGUGACCAACACUGGAUUAACACUUGCUUAUGACUGGAAGAAACUGCAGACGGAGGAUCCCUUUGGAUUCAAGAAAGACGCUGUCCAGAGGUUUUACUUUGAUCACAGUUAUGGUAUCAUACUCCCCGGCGAGACAAAGCACAUAGCUGCCUCCUUCAAGAGCCCUGGACCAGGGGUGUACACGGAGACGUGGGCGUUCGAGACCAACCCCCGGCUGUGUGGGGGAAGGCGUGUCCUCCUGACACUGUGGGGCAUAGCCCGAGAUAGAGACGUCAACAGGCACGGGAGAGACACCAUUGAGAAACGUCUCUCUCACAACCAGGCCAUAUCCAUAUGUCAGCGCAUCCUUAACGAGGUCUUCGAGUCCAUGACACCCUCACCCCGAUUGAGAGCAGCAGACGACAGAAGUCCUACACUUGGAUGUUUGAGGACGCGCCAAGAGUAAAUGAUCACUUCGAGGCUCUGAAUCCUGGGUUCUUCUACCACAGUGAUGUUGUGAGGGAUCUGCUACUGUUGAACCCGGAGACAGGCCAGGACGAGUUGGCGUCUGAUU